AUGUCUACUCAUUAUUCCAUUUAUUUAGACCCAGGUGCACGACCACGACGCUACGCCACAACGGUCCACGCCGACGUCUCCGGCGGACCUUCGCUCGCCCUCCGCUCCCCUCUACCAACGUUGCCGCGACCCCGCCUCCGGAGCAUAUCCUCGGGUAGCGCUCUGGCUUCCCGCGCCGGCGGACGUCCUGGUGGCGGAGGCGGCGGCCUCCGUGGCAUGUUGAUGAGGGCCGCCGCCGCCCUCCCUCGCCGAUCGCCCCGGCCCCCGGAGCCGGGGUCCUCCUCCUCCCGGGCUCCUGCCCCCGGAGCCGCCUUCGACCCCUUCGACGUCGAUACCGACCCGCCACGGCGGCAUGAGCUCUCGCCCGAGCAGAUCGGGCUCUGCAGGGACGCGCUCGCGCACUUCGAGGACAAGGGGAAGCGCUGGGAUGACUUGUCCAAUGAGUUCAGAAGCCUCUCGGAUAUUAGACAUAUGAAAACGAUCAGUGUAGCUCAUUAUCCUGUUAAUAGAGAAAAGAACCGAUAUAUUGAUGUCUUACCAUUUGACGAUACCAGAGUACAGCUAAAAUCCUCAGCACGACCUCUAAACAACGAUUACAUCAACGCAAGCUUUAUAAAGGCUACUGAGGACAACAGAGUUGCAACAUUUAUUUCUACACAAGGUCCACUAGUGAGGACAUUUGGAGAUUUUUGGGAAAUGAUCUAUGAAUAUCAGUGCCCUGCAAUUGUCAUGCUCACUCAAUUCGACAGUAUUAAGUGUGAUGAAUAUCUUCCACGGGGAAGUGGACGACGAACAUAUGGGAAUUAUGAUAUCAAGGUUACGAAGACAAGAACAGAUAGCCACCAUUUACAGUUGCGUGAUGUCAAGGUGCAAAAUAAUGAGUCAGGCAAGGUUCAUUCUGUACUCCAUUUAGCAUAUCUUGAUUGGCCCGACCAUGGAGUGCCAACUAAUACCGAUGCUGUACGGCAAAUCUGGAAACGACUGCAUCACAUUCCAACGGAACAUCCUAUAGUUAUCCAUUGCAGUGCAGGUAUCGGAAGAACUGGUGCUUACAUCACAAUCCAUAAUACAAUUGAGCGAAUUCUCCUUGGAGAUAAAAGCUCUUACGGUCUUGUCGAAACUGUAAAGAAUUUUAGAUCCCAACGACCUGGAAUGGUCCAAACAGAGGAACAAUACAAGUUCUGCUACCGGGCAAUUGCUGACGAGCUGAAAGACCUGCUAAAUUCAGAUCAUUGA